CAUGCGCAUUUGCCAUCGAAAACAGAUUCUGCUUUGUUGUGAGCGUCGAUGCUGUGACUUUCAGCGAAGUCAGCUGCUAUUUUGAAAUGUAUUGAGAGGAUUUUUUUAUCGCACCCACUGGACUGUAAAUGUUGUCAACCUGUUUUAAGCUCAGUUUGUCGUCUUUUCGCCGGGUGGAAGUCUCGGGCGACAGAAGUCUGGACCUCCUGUAUAUAAACAAAACGCAGCAAGCUGCUUCUUAAGGUGGCACGUCAAAGACAGCUGUAAAACUGCUACAGUCGUCGGCUUCCAGUUUGUCAAGUUAGCUAACUUCGUGUUAGUCGCUUUGCCAGUGAUGGAAAUAAACGUACAGCUCUGCUAGGAGUUAAACUCCAACAGGGAACCGUGCGAACAUGAGAGAAGAGGACAAUUUGCUGUUGGGAAGCCAAUCCAUGGCAAGCGAAAGAGGGGGUGAACGUUCCUGCAGCAGCCUCCACUUGACUGAGGAGAAAAGACUAUCCAACGUGAAGAGUGACCUGAGGCCCCCUGGCUAUUGGUCCAGGUCUUAGUUGGAGAAAUUCGGACUUUCGACAUGGAGACGGUGGGGAAAUUUGAGUUCAGUCGGAAGGACCUGAUAGGACAUGGCGCCUUUGCUGUCGUUUUCAAAGGCAGACAUCGAGAGAAACUCGACUGGGAGGUGGCAGUGAAAUGCAUAAACAAGAAGAACUUGGCCAAAUCUCAGACGCUGCUGGGGAAAGAGAUCAAAAUAUUGAAGGAACUGAAACAUGAGAACAUUGUUGCAUUACUGGACUUUCAGGAAACUGCCAGCUCAGUGUACCUGGUAAUGGAGUAUUGCAAUGGCGGCGAUCUUGCUGACUACUUACACUCCAAAGGCACACUGAGCGAGGACACUAUUCGGGUUUUCCUGCAACAAAUUGCAGGGGCCAUGAAAGUCCUGCAGACCAAAGGAAUAAUCCAUCGGGACCUCAAACCCCAGAACAUUCUGCUCUCCUACCCACCGGGCCGAAAGUCUCACUCUAACAACACCUGCAUCAAGAUCGCGGACUUUGGCUUUGCCAGAUACCUUCAGAACAACAUGAUGGCAGCUACACUCUGUGGCUCUCCCAUGUACAUGGCUCCUGAAGUCAUUAUGUCCCAGAACUAUGAUGCCAAGGCUGACUUGUGGAGUAUAGGAACCAUCGUAUUUCAGUGUCUGACUGGUAAAGCUCCUUUUCAGGCCAGCAGUCCCCAGGACCUCCGGCUGUUCUAUGAGAAAAACAAGAAUCUGAGUCCCAACAUCCCCAGAGAGACUUCUAGCCAUCUGAGGAACCUGCUGCUCGGUCUGCUGCAACGCAACCACAAGGAUCGUAUGGACUUUGAUGAGUUUUUUACCCAUCCUUUCUUGGAUGCAAGCUCAUCCAUUAAAAAGUCCGUCCCUACAGUGACCAUGACCUGUUUGCCCAGUUCGGCAUCAGCCAGCUCUUGUAGCAGCUCCUCCACGUCUCACCUUGCCUCACCACCGCAGUCUUUAGCUGAGACUCAGCAUCUGCGUGCCAAAGUUCUGGCCUCUCCAACGCAGGAGGCUGCAGGUUUUCUCCUGAAGGACUCGUCUGGAGCAGGCGGCAGCAGCAAGAACUCCUCCUCUUGCGAUACAGAUGAUUUUGUCAUGGUGCCUGCUCAUUUUACAACAGGUGAACUGACUUGUGAGAGUAAAGUGCUGCAGGACAGUUUGAUGAACAGUGGCUCUCUUUUGGCUUCAGCUGGUCUGUGUAACCAAGCAAAAACACCACCACACUCUCCUUCUUACAGUGGCUCUCCAAGUCCUGUCAGGCCCACCGAGUUCCCUGGCAGUAAUUAUUGUGGUAGCUGUGGAAACCAUGUUCACUCAUUGCCUAUCCCAGUCCCCACGCAGGUCCAGAACUACCAUCGCAUGGAGCUGAACCUUCAGUCUACCAAGCAGGACGGCUCACCACGGUUGUCAACAGCGGUGCGUUGCGGCAGCAGUGGAAGCCUGGUGGGCCACGCUAGAGCAGGACCUUCGGCCCCGUGGCAGGGAGCGGUCCCCUCCUCCCGCAGGCUUUCACUGGGAGGGACCAGAACAUUCCAGAUUUCUCCUCAAGGCCCGCAGCACGUUGAGUCGAGGCAGACGUCUCAGCAGCAGCCACAGGCACCCGGGCUUGGCACACGGCUCCACAGUGCCCCCUGUCUGUUGGACUGCGCGACUGGCGGCAGCAGACAGAAAAUCAAGAAGCAGCAUUCAGACCCCGUCGCUGUCCCUCCAACCGGGCUGAUGACCCUCCGGCCGCUCCACUCUUCCCCCAGACUCAGCGAGCUGAUGCAGCGCAACCCUCUACCGACCAUCCUGGGAUCCCCGUCCAGGGCUAUCCCUCCUUUUGAAUUCCCAAAGCCGCCAAGUUCUCCAAACCUCGUGACGUUCCUGACUCAGAAGGGCUUGGUUGUUGGUUCGCCCGGUAGCAGGACCGCCCCGGGAGAGCUCAGAGACCUGGGGCAACAAGCGCCAGCACCGUCCACCCACCCAGCCUGCUGCGUCCACAGAGCGAACGACGACGGCAGGAGCUUUGGAAGGUCACAGAGUGCCGGCCGUCUGUCUGACAUGCUGCUGAUGGCUGCGUUUGGAGCAGGACAUGCAGGAGAACGAGGCAGCGCGGAGAACCUGGCCUCAGAAAAAGCCAUAGACAUAACAGCUCCUCCUGGUGGCGGCUUUGCACCUGGUUCUUGCAGCCCCGCACAGGUGGUUUUCACUGUUGGCUCUCCGCCAAGUGGCAGCACCCCACCUCAGACCUCCAGACACAGGAAAUGUUCAGGCUCCUUCAGUUCAGGCAGUCCUGCAGGCUCGUUGACCGGUCGCUACCCCCCGACAGGCACCUUUCCCGAGGGCUUUGAGGCCCCGCCCAGCCCUCGCUACAGUUUCACUGAUCCUAUCACCGCUAACAUGGGUGGCGCUGUGACCUUUGAGGCCCCCGAGCUGCCUGAGGAGACGCUGAUGGAGCAAGAGCACACAGACACGGUGCAGCGCCUGCGUUUCACUUUGGAGUUUGUCCUCUGUCUGAUGGAGGUGGCUGGCUCUCGCGGGGCAGUCACAGCGGGGGCACAGGGAGACGGCUCUCACCCCGCUGUCCUUCAGCAGCAGAGUCUGGUGGCAGAUCAGAUAAGCUCACUGAGCCGAGAGUGGAGUCACGCAGAACAGUUGGUGCUCUACCUUAAAACCGCCGAGCUAUUGUCUACUGCCUUACACACGGCCAUGGAGCGAGUUAAACAGGGCAAACUCUACCCCUCCGCUACUGUCAAACAAGUGGUGAGGCGGCUGAAUGAGCUGUACAAGUCCAGCGUGGCAUCUUGCCGCUCGCUCAGCACUCAUCUGGAACACUUCUUCUCCAGGAAGCAUCGUCUAAUGGACCAAAUCGGCUCCAUCACAGCUGAGCGUCUGCUCUUUAGCCACACAGUGCAGAUGGUUCAGGCUGCUGCGCUGGAUGAGAUGUUCCACCAGGGGGAAGCGUCGAUCCUGCGUUACCACAAAGCUCUCCUGCUAAUGGAGGGCCUGUCUCUGCUCCUCACUGAACAGGAUGACAUCCUUAGUGUUAGCAAAUGCAAGGAGUGCAUUGAACGCCGCCUCACAGCUCUGCAGUCGGGUCUCUGUGUUUGACUUGUGAAGCCGUACAACCCUCCAUUUGCACUCUGACACCAAAUCUCCACCCACAUUUCAUGGUUUCACAUAGAAACGCUUUCGUUUUCGCAAGAAAACCACAAAGUUUACUCAGACACCGGAGGGUUCCGCGCAUGGAAGAUCUUUCAGUUUUCAGGGUUGGACUGUGACAGAAACAUCUCAACUCUGGAGGUUGGCCCAGUUAUGGACAUAGGGAGGACUCUGCUGCUGAAGAUGGAAAUGCCACGAAAAAGAUUUAAGAUUUGCACCUAGUUACUGUCGGUCUAAUAAGAAGGAGCAGUUUUUGCCAAGUAGUCACAUUCCUUCAUGUUGUGCUUAUCUAGCAUAAGAAAACAGCUUUUUAGGAUCCAUGCUAGCUGCAGCGGGAUGAGAAGAUUAAUGCAGUAGAAGCUGCACAGCUGGUGACACGUUCUGAUAAGGACUCACUGUGGCUAAAUGUUCCCAUAAUGUGUUUUUUUUUUUUUUUUUUGGCUUAUAUUUCUAAUUUCCUCCCAUGUUUGUUCAGUAUCUUUAAUUCUUUCAUGCUUUAUUGACAGAAAGUACACAUUUGUAAAGCAUAGCGAAAUUUAAUCAGCAGAAGUACAUGCAAGCAUUAUUACACAAAACCACAACCAAAUUACUUUCGAAAGACUUUUGAAGUAGAUUCAGUGUCUGCCUCUGCUGUUUUGAUUUAAAAAAAAACAAACAAACAACGAAUGAAUAAGAAUUUGCUCAUUCAGUAUGCGCUUAAAAUUAUAAGGCCACAACCUGCUUUUCACACUAUGAGAUUGUGAGGGAAGUAUUUUGAUUCUGUUCAUGAAAAUCGUGGCUUGCAAUAAGCACAGAGAAAACAGGUCAGGUUAACGCUCAAGACAUCUGCAGUUCAAGUGUAGAUUUAUAUGCAGACGGGGCUGAAUCUGAUCCAUCUACAUCUGCCAUCGCAAUCAUGUUAGCAAAAAUGUUCCUGUACAGGUGCACCUUAAUAAAUUAGAAUAACAUUGAAAAGUCCGUUUAUUUCAGCAAUCCAGCUAAAAAAAAAAAUAAAGUAAGUUAUUAAUUUCUGUUAAUUUUGAUGAUCAUCGCUUACAGCUUUUUACAUUCUUUUAAAGGUUGGUGUUACCGUUUUGCCAAAUUUUGUCCCUCCAGCUAACUUUGGUUACAGCACUCUGAGAAAACAGUUUUUUUGGUGAUUUCUUCACAGUGUGGAGGAUGCCAGUGACUGUGUGCUGAACAACUUUUGCCUUUAUCUAUUUUGCGUCACUGACUCUUGUGUGUCUCAUCUUACUCCACACCUUCUCUGUGUAGUUUAGGUCAGGUGAUUUUUCUUGCGAAUCAACGACAGUCAUUACAAAUUGACUAUGGCAGUUUCUUCCUCCUACCCUGUGAGCAGCUAGCUUAAUCUUUAAAAAUCAGCUCAUUUUGCUCACACGCCGUCUGUGUGAGCAAAAUAAAUAAGUUUAUCUUAACUAAGAUAAAUGCUUGGACAAUAUCAUGUUGCAUGAAUGUGUAGAAAAUAUGAGUUUAACCAAAUUAAUUUACUGAAAUGACUGGACUUUUUAGUAACAUUCAAAUUUCUUGAACUGCACCUAUGUUCAUCUGACACUCAUAGGCUUUCACACUCAUUGCUGGUGUUUUCUGCAAAUGAUUUCCAGACUUUGCCAUGGGGAUUUUUUUUUUUUUGCAUUUUAUCUCUCAAUGUUGUGGGUGUUCAGCGAGUCUAGUCAAAUAUGAAUGUAGGGGUGUCAGGAAAGAAGCAGCAUUAAAAUCAGGCUGAAUGUCGAAAGGGGGAAGGUCAACAUUUAAGCUGAUCUUAAUGGCUGGAUGUUUUUUGCACUGUUGAUGUACUGUAUAGAUAGAGGAGUAUGCAAAAAGUGUGCAGUCUGUGUAGCCGUGCUCAUUUAGAGACUUCUGCUUAUUCGCUUUAGUGUAGUUUUAGUUGCUUUUACAUUUACCGUCAUAAAUUGUGUAUGUUUUCAUGUUGAGGAGUGUUGAGAAGGAAGUUGUAUAAGCUAGUUUUCUAGAAGACGAAAGAAAAAAAAAUUCACACUGAAAAAAAUGUUGCAGUUCUUGUUUUGUGCUUUAUUUUAACAGUUAUUGUUUGGUUUGGGUUUUUUAAGGCUUUAUGCCGUUUUGAUUCAUUUUAAUUGCGACUGUUUUACUUAACCACGUGUUUCCCCUCACCCCCCACCCCCUGCUUUUUUUUUUUUUUUUUUUAACUCUUCUAAAUUUGAUUGACUGAUUUUUGAAGGUUUAAACAGUAGUUGUUUUUCAUGCUGUGUGCAUGCAAGUGUGAACUGGUAAGCUUGAUAUUUAACACGGUAACGUCAGUGGGACACGUUAAGUGCAGAACGUGCUGCAUAGAUCUGCUCUCGUGAGAAGCAGAACAUGUCACUCUGAUGUAAUUGACAUCGAAACCCACCACUACCUUAUUUUACUCGAGAUGUCAUUCCCUCUGCUGCUCAAGCCAGAAAUUGAGUGCAUAUUUUAUAUUUUGCUUGCGUGCGAUUUUAGCUCGAGAGGCUGAACUGAGACGCCUUUUUAGCGUUACAAUCGGCAGGACGAACUGGAGAGAUAAUUUAUCUGAGCAGACAUUUUGUGUGUUUACUUUGUUGCCUUUUCAUGUUGUGUCCUAAAUGAUGUCUUUGUCUCUUAAGUAUACAUUCCUAAUAUUAAUUAAUUAGUUCCUCUGCAGACGUUUUGUCACUACACUUGCUGUGUUGUCCUUCCACGAAUCAGAUGACAGAAAAAAACCGACGCAUGUGUCACUUUUUAUUGUUCCAUACAAUCUUUCUUCCGAUUAGGGAAAACAAUGCCCUUUGAUCAUAACCAUCACGUCGAUUUUAUUUCAAUUCGUUUCUUUUAUGUAUUUUCUAACAUUCCAGGAUGUUUCUUUUUCCCUUGACUAAUUCUAUGUUGCCUUUUAUAUGUCGUCAAUUAAGUUAUUGUAUUCAACUCUGGGGAGACGAUGGGCCACCCGAACAUUCCCAAAGACUAUUAAGCUUUUUGCUUGUUAUUCCACAUUCUCUCUCUUGCUCUUGCAAAAGCAGUUUUAAUGUUUUCAUAUCCAUAACAGACGCACUAUCUCCUGUACCACUGCUGGUAAUGUAAUCUUUACUGUUGGGGGAUCUUCGUCAUGAAUAAAGUGAAAGGACAAUUUCUUCA